UAGAGGAACCAGCCAUGGGUGUGGCUGUAGUGAUUAUUGUGGUCUUAGCUGCGCUCAUGCCGCUACAGCAAGCGGACGGGCAGACAACCCCAGACCAGGGCGAAGAGACAACAGGCCCGGGCGAAGAGACGGAUCACACACCUUUUGCGGAGAGCCAGCUCCGGAAUGCGGAGCAGCAGGACGCAGGAGAGGCUCAGGAGAGACAACUCCCGGAGCAGCCUUCUGGAGACACGGCUACCCUGACGGCACAGGGAGCGAGUCAGGACGCUAAGAUUGCUGACCUGACAGCAAGACUCCAGCGUCUUGAACAAGGCGGAGAGACCGUUGACGAUGCCCUGGUGCUUUCUACGAAAGAGGACGGAGGAGUGACAAAAAUUGCGGACAUUGGCAAUGAAAAGACUCUCACAAGGGAGGGAUCUAAACCACCGGGAUCGCAACAUGAAGUGACAAAAAAUUCGUCCAACGGCUCUAAAAGGACCAAAAGGGCUGUUCCUGCUUUUCUUGCUAAGGCAGUGGGAGAAAUAGGAGGGAAAGUCGUUAGCAAGCUUGGUGACAGGAUCGCGGAAGGUGUAGUGGAAAACCACCAGGAGAAGGUGGUGAACGGUCUGCAGGACUACCUGGGGAAACAGAUGGACAAGUUUGACGAUGAGUACAAGGACCUGUUAAAGGACACAAGUGGACUGUCAGCGGGUCUUAACCGUCAUGUGGAGGAGGCCGACAUCCAGCUUGUUCCCAAGCCAGGAGCCACUAUGGGUAACAUGUAUGCACCGCCAGGCUGGGAGAUCCGCCAUAAGUACAAGUACAAGGAUGACAGUGAGGACAGGGGCAGCUCCAUUGGACAGACAGCAGCCUACACCUACCCAGCCGGACUAGGACCAGUUCUGAUGAACGGCUGCUUCGGGACCGGCUAUAAGAAUGGGGACCCCUGCUUUCAGGCCAAGAUCCCUCGGACAGGUUGCUCUAACCUUAUCGACGGUGCGACCUACCUUGGUGUCGGGUUUGACGGGAGAGGCGUCUACUCGGCAGAGUCCAGGAAGAAAAGCAUCAUCCAGAGAUCGUGUAGUAACCUGCAAACAUAUGGCGAGAACGAGGUUCCCGACUCCAUGACCGUUCAAGGCAUCUAUGACACCAAAGUGGAGUCCUACACCUUCAGCUCAACAGAAGAGUACCGACAGUACCUGGCGGAAAAAUCAGCCGUUACGUCUGCUAAGGCGAUGUUCCAGGAGGAAAUCAACAAGGCGUCUGGACACGGAGCAAGGGGCGGGGCUUUUGGGUUAGUGUUCUCGGCAGGAGGGGGCAAAUCCAGCCAGAGUGGCACAUCCAGCCAAUCAUCAGGAUUCACUGCCGGCUCCAGUGCUCGUGCCCAGCUGAGCGAGCAACAAACACAAACAUUCAUGGCUAUGUUGGAGAUGGACAUAUUCAGGUAUGAGAUCUUCAUGGACGACGUGACACCAGACCGGCUGAAUGUGGGUUUCCUGCGAGAUUUCAUCUCACUACCGGAAUCCUACUUCUCUCCUGGAGCAGAAAUUAUCUUCCAAAACUUCUACCUUCGUUGGGGAACACAUUACAUCAAGUCAGCCAAAUUUGGAGGUCAGCUGAAGAUCAUCAAAACCAAGCAAGCUACUAAGGACCUGACGAUGUCUGAAUUCGCCACGAGAGCUGAAGCUGACUGGAAGAUGACCAUGAGCACAUUCUCGGCUCAAGCGUCACAAACCAAGUCCAGCAGCUGGUGGCAUGAGCACGAGACGAAGAAAGAGUCAAAACAAUCCACGGGGCAAGCAGCUUCUGGUUCAGAGUCUCAGGCCAACAGAAACCAAGAGGAGCGAAUAUCAUCACAAGACUACAGCAACGAGAUGCUUGUGGUGCAAGGUGGAGACCAGCAGAUUGCGGCGGCCAUCACAGAGAUGUACACGACAGCCCUAACAACGGAGCUGAAGGAUUGGUUAGAGUCUAUCAAGGACUACCCAAAACCCUUCUCAUUUGUGUUGAGACGUGUAACAGACGUACUGAACAUCCCCUUUGACUCGCUAUUCCCUGCAGGAGAGGUGGACUAUGGCUGCCUUGGUAAAACACAUUUGAAGACAGAAAAGAAAACGGGCAGAAGGUACUACAUACAAACUACAACAAAGAGCAGCGAGGGCAGUCAACACGAGCUGAUGCUGAAUACUACAGGCAUUGAUGACAGCACAUCGGUUACAGUAUCGGAAAUCCGCUAUUGCAACUUCGCCGACCGGAAAGAUCUUGAAGAAAGCAUGAACAAGAAAAGGAUGUCACUUGAGCGUGCUGUGACGGUGUACCUGGAAGAGGGUCGACUCCUGAGCUCAGACUUCCUCCUGCCCGCCGGAGAACCAGGUUGUGAAACCGCCAUGUUAGCCUUCCUUCAGGAGGACAACACCGGCGUACCAACAUGGGAAGACAUGACCGGAGGGAAGGAGUUCACCGUCGUUUUCGACAUGCCGUAUGACAUCCCUGGUGUUUCUAUGGCGCAAGACGUGCUGGAACUGAAGUUCUUCCGUCACAUGUGGUUUUCUACUAGGAGAGGUUCCAUGCCUCAUCUGUAUGACGGCUACAAAAACGGCGGAAGCAACGUCAUUCCAAAAAAGAAGCUCAGUGUGCAGGGCCUUGUCAUGACGUAUGAAGAGGAAAGCGGUCUCUUAACCGUGACGGAUGGUGACUACAAUGCCUCAAAAUCAUUCCUGCCAGACCUACAGGGUUGGGUAAAAGGUCGCAUUGUGGCCAGAGCUGCGUACAAAAAACUGCUCAACCAUCUGAGUCAGAAAUCUGAUACAGUUGGAGACGUUCCGUGUAACAUUCAUUGGUCCAACGCGCAUCGCUUUGACCCGACCGAUGGAGGAAAGUGCAUCCACUUCACUGCAGCAUCAGAAGGAGACAUCUUUGUUGUGUUCGCCAGCAUCCCACAAAACCAUGGGACUUGGAUUUACAUACAGAUCUCCACUGAAGGAGUGGCGUUGUACAAGGCGUUGCGACUACAAACAACCCAGUUAAUCGACAACGCCGGUGGCCUGGGCUCAGCAACCCUGUACCAGUCUUACUUCGUCUGUGUGACGGAGGAUGUGGGAGAUACUACUACAGUCAUUCAAUACGGGAAGACGCCUGACAAUGAGGAGCGACCACAUGUCUGGUUGAGUUUCACAUUCCACGAGUCGGCGUCCCUUCGAUACUAUUCCUUCGGCAGCGGGGAGUCCCCUGUGAAAGUGAUGGGGCUAUCCCUGUUGGACAGGCCGGCAAAGGACUUCAUCAUUUGCCGAGAAGGAACGGAGAUGAUCAAAGGAGUCUGUCAGCAGAAAUGCCAUUCCGAGUGUAAAGGUUGCCGAACAAGCGGAUCUAACUCUCCAACUGACUGCAUAGCCUGUAAACAUCUGAAGCUGUCCUAUCCCUACAGAGAAGAGGGCAUUGGCGCUUUUGAAUGCGUCGCACGCUGUCCGCAGCACAUGGAAUCUAAAAAUCAUACAAGUACAUGUACAUGUAUGAAGAGGAUGGAAGAGGCACGUCCUGAUGGUUUGGUGGAAUGUGUGACUGAGUGUCCUCUGACUCAUUUCGAUGAAAACAACAUUUGCAAACAAUGCAACAGCAUCUGUAAGGACGUCAGUGCCGAAGGGAAAAGCGUCUGCUCAGGUCCCGCUUCAGCAGACUGUGACACGUGCAAGUAUCAGCGUGACGGACGUUGUGUGGAAGGAUGCAAACCCGGUCAAAGAGCUUUUGCAGACGGCCUUCUUCUCGUCGGUAUGAGUAAACACCAGACAUCCCGCAUAGGUCUGUACCUACUGCAGACGAAUGAAAGCAAACAGCCAAUAAAUAGAAACAAUCGGCCUGUUUACAAACAUGAAAAAAGGAACUGGUUCAUCUUCUUUAACAAUGAGACACAGCGAUGGUGGGUAGGGUCUAACAUCAAUGAAGCUAAUGGGUGGCUUUACGUGGAAGACAGCCAUUUUCUACCCGAGGACAUCACGGGGACCUGGAAGGUGACGCCUUCAAAGAGAGGCAAAGGCCUUGGCAAAGAGAGGGGAUGGUUGGAGGACAGGAAUGUUACACUGCAGCCUGCAAAGGACACGCCUCUUACUUGUCGCGGAUGCCAGAUAGGACAUGAGUGUAAACUAGGGGACGAGAGGGAGGAUAUCUGCUCAGCUGGUACGGCCAGCAACGACGACAGGACGAUGUGCGAGCCGUGUGCAGUAGGAGAGUUCAGCAGCACUCCGGGAUCGGCGUCCUGUCAGACGUGUCCAGCUGGACUGUCCAGUGGAAGUGGCCAGACGGAGUGCAGAGGGACAGACUGCGCUGCAUAUAAAGCCUCCGGACUGACCAGUGGAGUCUACACAGUCGGAUCCCUCCAGUCUGGUGUGCAGGCCUACUGUGAUAUGGAUACAGCAGGCCAAAACAUCCGUGGCCCUUGUCAGGAGUCCUACGUAGGUGAAACUAGCCGCGCUCUCAGAACCAGGUUUCUAGAGCAUAGACGGCCCAGCUCAGUCAAAACAUCGGAGGUGGCACAACACAUCCACAUAGAAUCUCCGGGACACUCUGUGGAUUUCGACAAGCAUCACUUCAACUCCUUUAAACUCACCAAACUAAUCCAGAGUGUUUAUUCCACAGGAGGCGGCUGGACUGUGAUCCAGCGGCGGCAGGACGGGUCGGUCCCCUUCAACCGGACCUGGGAGGAGUACAAACUGGGCUUUGGGAACAAGAACGGAGAGUACUGGCUGGGGAACGAGAACAUCCACCUCCUGACCAAUCAGAAAGAGUACGUGCUGCGGAUUGAACUUCAGGAUUGGGAAGGGAACCAGAAAUUCGCAGAAUACAGCACAUUUAGGGUGUCCAGUGAGUCGGACGGGUACAGGCUGCACAUUUCCGGGUAUUCCGGCACCGCGGGAGACUCCAUGGCUUACCACAACGGGCUGAUGUUCUCCACUGUGGACAGGGACAAUGAUACCAGCAGCAACCAUUGUUCUCAGCAGAGCGGACAGGGCGGCUGGUGGUUUGGGCGCUGCUGCAGCCGCUCCUUCCUCAACGACCGUUACCUGGGCAACUGUGGGAGCUCCUGUCCAUCUGCGGAAGGUGUGGUGUGGUACCACUGGAGAGGCUGGAGUUACUCCCUGAAGUCUGUGUCCAUGAAAAUCAGGCCAUCAUAA